AUGGCGGGCGACGACAUGGCAUACAAUUGGUUCGCAGCGGAGCGGGCGUCAAUGUUUCUGGCCCUUGACGAAGCUUGCGAACAGAUGGAAAGGCGUGCUCGUGAAGUCGUGACUGUAGAUGCCACCAGACAGGGGCUGCUAUUCAAGAAACAACUUGACGACUCUAAAGCCGAAGAUGCCAAGAAACAGCUACAACUUCAGGCUGAAAUCAGAGCGCUGAAAGACCAAGUAGUCUCCUUAACAUCUGUCAUCAAAAAAGCCGAGGCGGAACAGAAUGUGCCUGCCGACGCGAAUACUAAGCCGACGGGCAUUAGUGGCGAUGGGCAAGACAUAGAGAUUGAUCCUGCCGAGCUUCAGCGUGACUUAGAGAUCUCCCAGUCUCGAUAUCGAGCCGUCAAGAAGCAGUUUGAAAUCGCAGUGGCGUUGGCUAGGAAGAGAAAAACCGAGGCGCUGAACUGGGUCAAAUAUGCGGACAGCUUGGAACUGAAAAUCAAGAAGCUGGAGAAGAAAAAGGCAGUCAAAAGUCUUGCAAAUCCCGCCACGGUGGAUGCAGCGAAUACGGCCAACGAGGCAAUACUUGGCUCGACACAAGGUGACCCGUCUUCGGAUGACGGGAUUGAGCCGCAGCUUCCGGUAGUCUUUCCCUAUGCUAAGGAGGCCAAAGACGAUGUUGUCGUUAAGAAAGAACCAUCGUCAGACGGCCCGGAGGUGGUCUGGGAGCGACCAGCGAAGAGAGCGAGGCGGGACGCUGAAGCUGAGAACACACGACCACACACACCAAAGUUGUACGCGACAAUAAAAAAAGAAUCGUCAGACUAUAUCUGUCAUGGGUCUGGAUUGCCUAUUCCUGCGUCCCAAGAGAGCUUGGACCUUGACGAGGGCCAGCUUGCCAUGCCAACUCCAAGAAAGCGACAGCUGGUGUAUCACGAUAUUCCUUCCUCAGAGGCAGAUGAUACCCCGACACUGGACAGGAAUACAUUGCAGAGUCUAGACGAGACUGACAAAACCCCACGCCCAGCUGCCCAAGCUGCUGCCCUGACGCCGCUAUCUGUUAAUAUGCGCCGCACUACGAAAGGUACUGGACAAGAUAAGCAGCAGUUGAAGCGUGGAGUAGACACCAUAACCGAAGACAACGGAGGACGACCUAUGACUGGUGGGCAGAUGAACCCACCCAGCACUUCAAAAUCUGCCAAGCUACACUCGCUGCUUAAUUCGCGGCCGGUUCAGCCAAGUCCGAUUUUGUCGGUACCGCGGGCGGUAGUCCAGGCAAAAAACAUGGACAGUCUUAUAUCAGGAGGCUUUGGGGAGCCGCCGCCGGUGCGCACCCUGCCACAGAAGCACGAUGUGACACCUUCAUCCAGGGCCCCCAAGGGCGUGAGAACGGACACUGGAACGACGAGCUCUGUUACGACGACGCCAAAAGCUCGCGAAGCCGGCCGGCGAAUAAUAACGCCAUUGACAGAGGCUCUUAGAGCAGCAGCGGCUGAGCACGCAAGCAAGAAGGGCAGUCUACGAGGCCGAGGAGUUGACCGGCUACAAUUGGACGACUUCAAAGUCAACCCCGCCUGGAACGACGGGGAGACCUUCGCCUUCAACGAAGUAGUGCGAAGUCGAACAGACCGUGGAAACUUGGCCGGUUGCACCGAUCCACAGUGCUGCGGCAAAGCAUUCCGUGCUAUGGCCGAGUCAGAGCUGAAUGCGUCUGGGCCCAGUCACAUGUCACGACCGGACAGUGUGGCAAUGAUGGAGCGACAUUUGGGCGAUGAGGCAUUUGUGCUGGCAAGAAUGCCGCCCGACGAGAAGAAGGAGUUAUGGCUGGAGGCCAAGACGAAGCAAUUGGCAGACAAAUACGGUAAGCAUCGGCAUCGGUAUCACCGACGAGCGUCGCCACCUGGAUUUUGGGAUGCCGACUUCCCGACAACACAAGAGGAGGUGCACAACCGGGCAGAGUCCAAGAGAGCCGAGCGAACAGCCGUGCAAGAGCGGUAUCGGGAAGCGAUGCGACCAAACGGCCGCUGGCUUUUCCGUGAUGAAUGA